CCAACACGAGCCUAUUUCGCUGAAGGCUCAGUCUGAGCUCAGUAUCAGCCAAGUUGUGACGACCAGCUCCUGCUCUCUGUGCUGUGCAACAGUUCUCUUCCUCUCUGUGUCUCUACCUGAUUUAUCAUUUUGUUUUAUUCUGAAUUUUGUUUGACUUCUAUUUUGUUCAAAAUGUUGAGUGCAGCUCAACUUUCCUGGUAAGCGGUUGCUAAGCUCAGCAGUCACCAUUUCAUUUGUGAGCCACGCCGGAUUAAUAUCCCGUGCAAGAUGCAGAGCGCCGUCGCCCCAUCAACCAGUCACCUGUCCUGGCGAGAGAGGAACGCAACUAGAAGGAGCAGCAGCCGUCCUCGCUCCCGAUCUGAUGGAAGUGGUAGAAGAGAGGACCUCAGUCGCAUCCAGGAUGGAUGGUUGGACGGAAUGCUUCCAGGACCUUCGUUCCUGGUGUCAUAUGGAUCAGGAUGAAUUAAAUACACCCCAGAUAACAAUGCAAGAUGAAUUCAAUUUUAGUCUUGACGGUCAAGUGAACAGUGGAAGUUGGGGAUUGGCAAAUCCGCUAGUAGAAAUAAACGACUCGUGGGUAAAUCAAGAACUGCCUUUAACGUCACCGAACAACUUUAUUACAGAUGAAGAAAAUAACAACUUUGAAUUUCAGAGCAAUUUUUCAACAGCCUGCGUGAAGGGAGAUAGUUUAAUUAAUCAAGAGAUGCAGUCGAAAUCUGCUGUUGCAAAUACUAGCGUCGCUAGCAAUAAUAACAACAACAUCCUUAAGACAAAAGGGAACGUCCUCCUGUCACAGGUGAGCAUCCUGCCGGAGGACGCUCCUGUUGUCCUAGUAGACAGUGGGAAUAAAUAUAAUAUGGAUUACGCCAAAUUGAAUUCAUCUACAUCCGCCCGAUUGGGGAGCGGCGGGAGGCUCGUCAAGGAAGAGGCGUACCCGGUGGCCCAGGUCCAGACCGCCGGUACGCGCCCGAAGCUCAAGCUCAGGAUUCCUCAGCCUCCGCAUCAGCAUCAAGCGCCGGGACAAGCCCAAGCCCUAGCUCAAACCCAAGGCCAAGUCGGUUGUGGUGGGCUCCCCACUCCGGAGGUUCUCAAGCCUCUCCUCACUGACCUGACCUCGAGUGACUUUGACCUUCUCAACUAUGUCUGUGGGGAUUCUGUAAAUAUACUGAACAGGACAACAGUUGUAGUCCCGAAGAAAGAAGAGGAGGUGGAAGUUACUACGAUACCUGACCAUGAUUACGCCGAUGGGAGAAACUCAGUCGCUGACGAUGACGUUUACAUUAAAUGUGAACCAGUUUCUCCAUCCUCAUUGGAACUUAUCAAUAACAGAUCUAGCUCUUACAACACGACGAUGGAUCUUGAUGAAGAGAUAAUAGACUCUUUUGACGAAGAUGAUGAAGAGGAAGGAAGUGAAGAAUGGUUUCCUUCGUCAGAUCGAGGCAAGAAGAUUGGCGGCCCUGGCCGAAGGAGAGGUAGGAAGACUUCCUCAUUAGAUUCUUCAGACGGCGGUGGUGGAAAUAUCCAUGACAAGUAUAGAGCAUUACGUGAUAGGAACAACGAGGCCUCCAGAAGGUCUCGAAUGAACAGGAAACAGCGGGAUCUCGAGAUGCGAAGGCAUAAAUCCGAUCUUGAGAAAAAGAAUGUCGAACUGAAGGUUAAGGCUGAUAGGAUGGAAUCCCUCGUCAAAGACAUGAGAGCUAUUCUUUUGAGGACAGUGCGUAACAGGCAUCAGUCUUAGUUUCAACCUGUUCCUUCUAAACACUAAUCUCCACUUUUAUUAACUUAUAUUAUUUAUUAUAAUUGUCAAAGUUAUCGAUUGAUAUAGAAAUAUAUUUAUGCAUAUGUAUACCUAUGUUUAAUAUUUAUUGUGGUAUAUAUAUUGGCAUUGUUGUAUUGCAUGAACUGUGAUUAUAUUACCUACUAUAAUGUAGAUAGAGACACUUUGAUGUUUGACUUGUACUAUCCAUGUACCUUUAAUGUUUACUUAUAUAAUAUUGAAUAUUUAGACUAGAAGCUACAUUUUAUUGCUUUGUGUAUUGUAUUUAAACAAAUCAUGUACACUUCUCUAAUGUUUUACCUGUUAUGAUAAUGUUCAUGUAGUAUAUAGUCCUUUCAUUUGUACUUUGUUAUAUUUGUGUCUUGUAGAAAGUAGAAAUAUAUUAGUUUGUAGCAA